AUGGCUUCAAAUCGAUUUCUGUCCUUGUAUUUCGCAAUGUUGAAAGCACGGAAAUCGAAAUAUCCCGUUACCACUAUAUGGAUAUGUAUUUCAACUAUUUUGGCAGUCACUUACACAGUGGUCGGUCUGCCAGAAAAUUGUGGUUUUUUGUACAUCCCUGAGGAGAUGUUAUGGUUAUCAGAAGAUGGCGAGUGUUCUCAAUUUCAAUAUGAUAUACUGUUCUAUACAGUUCUAGCUUGUUCUAUGUUCUCUAACACCCUGAACAUAACUACCGCCGGCAAGUUGGUGUUUGAUAAGGUUGCUGGAAUGAGUGCGAGUGAUUCGCAACUCCGUCGACGUAUGUAUAUCCGGAAAUUCUCGCAGUGUGUGCUACAGGAUUGUCUUCAUGCAUUCGAUAUGAUAAACUGUACAUUCAUUUAUAAAAUGGAUUUAUCUUCGAUUUGGCUACAAUUCAUGUGUUUUUCAGGGUCUUUUGUAGGAAUUCACAUGUUGGAUGGCUUGGUUAUGUUCUUCUUCCAUGCAGAUGUUCAGCCAAAAUGGUUACGCAAGACGUUUGUCAGGAAUAGUAUCAUAUCGGUCACACCUGCAACUUAA